AUGGACAAGGAAUGCGUGGGCUGGGGGAGGUGGCAGGCGCGCAUCGCGGGGUUGCUGGCGCUGCCCGUGCUGCUGACCGGCAUGUACGGCACCAACUACGUGUUCCUCGCCGCGCGCACGCCACAUAGAUGCCAUAUCCCAGAAUGCGAAGACAACAGUACUCUGUCGGGGCCAGUGUCCGACGAGGCGUGGUCUCCCGAGUGGUCUAUUUGGGCUUUGCCACCGGAUUCGGAGUGCCACCGGCGGCCUGCCCUGGACGGAGCUUGCAUAGAGGGCGGCUUCGACAACACCACGAAACUCGACUGUGAGGACUUCGUGUAUCAACAUCACAGCAGUAUCAUGGCUGAGUUUGGCCUGGCUUGCCAAGAAUGGAAAAGGACUUUAGUGGGUACGGUGCAUAACGUUGGCAUGCUGGUCUCGCUGCCCUUGAUGGGAUAUGUCUCGGACAAGUACGGUCGUCGCGCGGCCCUGGUGACGAGCGGAGCGGGUGCGGGCUUCCUGGGCCUCUGCAAGUCUUUCUCCGGGUCCUACCCUGUAUACUUAAUGUUUGAGUUCUUGGAGACAGUGCUCGGCGCCAGCGUGUACCCAGCUGCUUUCGUACUUAUGAUCGAAUGGUUGGGAGUGGAGCAGAGAAUAUUAGCAAGUUUGCUCCUUGGUAUUCCUUUGUCUGCUGGUGCGGCGCUUCUCGCUCUUUUGGACUACUUCUCCGGGUACUGGCGUACGUGGGCUCGCCUCGCAUACCCUCCUUCCUUCUUCCUUUUGCUAUACCCCUGGAUUUUACCAGAAAGUAUAAGAUGGCUCCUGGCCAAUGGAAAAGUUACCGAAGCCGUCCGUGUCAUAAAACAAGCAGCAAAAGCUAACAAAAUUGUUAUUCCUGAAGAUACAUUAGAUAAGAUGUUGUCAAAGGACCAAGUCACAGAUAAAGUAGAGGUUAUAGUUGAAGAGGAAAGUCUGUUUAGGGCUUUUAUUAAAUACGGCGCAUUACGUCGGCGGCUAUUGGUAUGUUUUGCGUGGUGGGCAUGCGCCGUGUUCGUGUUCUACGGGCUGGCGGUGCGCUCGCACGCGCUGGCGGGCUCGGCGCACGCCAACUACGCGCUGCUGGCGGCGGCCGAGCUACCUGCGCUGUUGCUCAACACGCUGCUGCUGGAUCGCGCCGGCCGCCGCCCACUGCUCACCGCCGCCUUCCUGCUCACUGCCGUGGCUCUCAUCGCUAUACCUUGCCUGCCUGACCAAGACAGCGGCUUCGGCACGGCGCUCUUCCUAGCGGGCAAGAUGGGCGCUACAAUGGCGUUGAACGCGCUGUACGUGUACACGGCGGAGCUGUUCCCGACACGCGCGCGCCAGAGACUGCUGGCCGCCUGCUCAACCUGCGGCCGCGUCGGUGCCAUACUAGCGCCGCAGACGCCUUUGCUGGCGGCGUACGGCGCCUGGGUGCCAACCACCUUGCUGGGCGCCCUGCCGCUGGCGAGCGCGGCGCUGACGCGGCUGGUGCCGGACACGCUCGGCCGCCGCCUGCCGGACUCCUUCGCCGACCUGGACUCCUCCGCCUCCGCCGAGUCCGUCUCCACCACCGUCCCC